UUGAUCAACAUUUCGCGCGGCAUUCACUGUUUUUUCUUCCUCAUAGUCUUCGUUUUCUAAUACUGCUCGCACCGUCGAAUAGAGACAGAUCGUCGUCGGGGAGAUGAGGUUGAUGGUCUUCUGAUACCAUCCGCCUUUCCCCAGCUACGGAAAAGCCACCCGGCGAACACGAUGACGAUUUGGAACGAUUUGACCGACAACUUUUUGACCUGGGAUUCAGCGUGCUUGCUUUUUAGCGCCGGUGCCUUCGGCUACGCUAAUAAAGUAUACAACGAUCGGUAUAAGAGCUUUCUGGCCGUCUUCACUGCACGCCAACUUGAGAUCAACGAUGAAAUCGGAAAAAUCCUCCAAGAGGACUACCCCGAAACAGGGUGCGUUCACGCAGUGGUACGCGGGACUGUCAGAGCGACCGGACCGCUCCUCUACGCGAGGAUGGCUCGCGACGAGAAAGGUGUUUUGGUUCGCUUCAAGACGAUUGACUACCGAAUGAAGUGGAAUCCGUUCUCUAGAAUGUGGCAUCAUGAACAGAAAGUUAUCCAAGAUUCCUUUCGGCACACACCUUUCGGUUUGGCUGCUAUUGGUAAUGUGAAAGGGAGAGGUUUCGUCGACGUUCCGCAACCGCUCGAGGCCGGGCUGGACUGCCUCACGAAAAUAUACGAUAAGUACACCCCGGCAUCGGGAGGUAUGUCUCACCUGACCGGAUGGCUCCGCGGAGAGCAUACAGAAGGUGUGCGGGAAAAAGAAUACAUCCUCAAAGAAGGGGCUCUGGUCUUGGGCUUCGGGACGUUGAAAGCGGACGGCACGGGUACCAUUUCUCUGGUACCUCCAGCCGACGGAACGCCCAUGUUCCUCACAGCUGAUACAUUGCCCGUAGUGGUGAAAACCCUCGACUCGAAACGAGCUCACGCGCGAUUCUGGGCUUUCUUGUUCGGGUUCUCAUGUGUUGCUCUGGGCGCUUAUGUCGGAUAUCGACUAUUCAACAACUACCGCCGAUGUCGACAGCAACGCACAGAUUCUGUACGGCGCGACGAGGUUCGGCGUAAGCGACGACAAGAAGCUCGAUCCCUCGUAGAAACGGGUCCGCAAUGCGUGGUCUGCAUGUCUAAUCGAGUCGAAGUUAUGCUGCUCGAAUGCGGACACCUAUGUCUAUGCACUGAUUGCUGCGAACAACUAGUCGAUGGACUCUGCCCGAUUUGUCGCACGGUCUACACGCGUCAAGUCGCGGCGUACCUGCCCUGAUUCUGUCGGACUCGCGGACAUCCAGCGAUGAACGGAAGCCCCUGGCUAUCAUUGUUAAAUUUAAGGUUAAAUUGCUAACAUUUAAUGAGUUCUGAUGAUCAACGCGAAAAUGGGACUCUUCCGCCACAAUGAUAGAUUCCGAUGAUUUGAAAUUACAUGGGCUUCUUGUGAAGUCUCUUUUAAUAUCCGCUCAGAGGGUUCGGUGGCAGGCAGGAGAAAUAAAACGAUGAAUGAAUGUAUGGGGAAAA